AUGGGUCAGCCUGCUGUUCAGAAGACACCCCACUUUAUCCUGGAGGGCGAAGGAGACCGCGUGCUGAGCAAGAAGAAAUUGGACGAAUUGGUCAGACAAGUCACAGGUGGCGGUGAAGGCGAUGGUCUCACUCCUGACGUCGAAGAAUCCGUCCUCACUCUUGCCGAUGACUUUGUGGACAGCGUCAUCACUGCCGCCUGUCGCUUGGCCAAGAUCAGACCUAACACGACUCUUGACAUUCGUGACAUUCAAAUCAUCCUCGAGCGCAACUACAACAUUCGUGUCCCAGGUUAUUCCCUGGAUGAGGUUCGCACAGUGCGCAAGUUCCAGCCUGCCCCUGGAUGGACUCAAAAGAUGAAUGCCGUGCAAGCUGCCAAGGUUAUGGGAAAGAACGACGCAUAG